GUAAGCAAGCGCCCCCAUGAUCAAGUCUCCACUUAUUUCCUCUGUAGUGCCGGUGAAAUCCGUGGCCUCUAUGUGCAAUGCACAGACGUUCUGGGUCCUCCAGAUGGACAGCUAAUCUUGGCAAUAGCUCUGACCUUGUAUGUGCCACCACAUGGGCAGAAUGAGGACCUGUGUACCUGGCCCUAGCAGUAGCUCCACUCCUGAAGACAGACCGUCAGCUAUGCAUUGCAGGUCUGUGGGGUGCGGUCAACUGGCAUCCCCAGGUCUAGAUUCUGACCACUAUCCGUCAGCAAACUUAAGAGUUGGAAAAGGGAUGUGAAAUGGCUGCACGCCGUGUCCGGAGAGUGGUUCGAGGAGAUCCAGAAGAAGAAGUUUAAGGAUGAUCCUGACGUGAGGAGCCUUGUGAGGCCACCUCUGAACCAUCGUCUGAAGAAGAAAACCCCUAAAGGCGAGCCGGAAUCCUCUAGAAUGACAACAUCUCGAAACUUGCAGUCCCCAAAGAACCCUGGACCAUCUUUCCUCGGACUUCGCUCGCCGUUAUCUUCUUUGUUCUCCUUCAGGAAAUCUGCAAAGCAAACUCUGAAACCGCCAUCUCCGCACGAGAGACAUGGCAUCUUUUCUAUCAGUGGCCAGAUACCUCCAGACGCCAAGGUGGACAGAAAGUUUGAUAUUUACCAUUCUACACGAAAUGUAAAACAGAUUGCCAGUUUUUUUGAAGAGCAACAUAACCGAGCACGAGAAAAUGACACCACAAAGGCCACCAACCAGCUUGAGAGGGAAGUUUUCCAAGUUCUAGGAGAUCUGGAUCAAAAACUUGCCCAAGAAGAGAGUCACAACAGAACCCCCAGUAUUAGUAGACUUGCAAACUAUACAUAUGGAAGGCAAUAUAGCAAAGAAGGUUUACUCCAUAAUACAGCAGAACCUAAAAACGUUUAUGGCUGUUUACCUUCUCAUGAUGGAAGAAGAUCUGGGCCACCUGAGGGAACACACACAACAUAUGCCACAUACCAGCCAAGAAAAUUUUAUGAAAUGUACUCAAACCGGCAACGGCGAGUUUCCAAACCAGAGGCUUCCAACAAAUCUUUUUACAAUAAGAGUCCUUCGCUCUUUUCAGCUGUAAGCAACAUAACCCCACGAUCGUCUCCUGUGUCUGGCUCAUUUUCAACCAGUAGUUUGCAGCUGUCAUCUCCAGGCCUACACCUGGAGAGGAUAAGGCAAAACAAGUCAAGGAGGACACCUAUCGCAUCCAUCAAGUGGAAUAAUUCAUUUCCAUCUGGGCAUCCUGAAGGGAUUGGUAGACCUUUCAGAACACAGUCUACUUUAGAUCUUACAAAUCUUGAAAAGCCCAACCAGUAUAAAAAUGUACCAGGACUACCAGUGUCCACUUCAAAUGACCUGCAUGAAUCCAGAAAUAUCAAAAACCUAACAAACACAACAUGUAUGAAUAUUGUAGAUAACAGAUCUACUGGAUAUGACAUAACCGACUCUCCUGGCCACUGUCCUGAAGUCAUAUUUUCCACACAACCUGAAAGGCUUUGGGAAGAAGAUUAUAAGAAAAAUGAUUUUAAUAAAAAUGAAAUGAGUAAAGCUCCUAUUGACAAUUCGGGCAGCAGUGACAUGGAAACAGAGCCUAUGGAACUAGAAAGUGAUUUAUCUGUACAACUGGAUGCAAGUAGUAUGGCAAAUGAGGAACCCAGUAUCCAUGAGGGAGAUAUUCCGGUGGAUUGUACUUUACAUAAUCCUGAACCCCUUGAAGUGUCUUCUAUUCACAUAUCAGAACCUGAGAACAUGGAUAUUGAUGCCCCAAAUGUCUUCCUUAACUCUAGAAACUCUAGUACAUCCACUGUUGGUCUUGGCCCUAGUGCUCAAGAAGACAAUGUCCCACCAAAAACAGAAGCGCCUGGAUUAGCACUCGCUGAUCAUAAUAAGUCAUUAGAUACUAUCAAGAAGUUCAGUUCUUUUAAACCUGGGACAGUGUAUAAAGUUGAUACUUCCUCUUUUACAAAUCCUAAAUCUUCAGAAAUUAGUAAUCACGUAAACAAAUCGGAUCAUAAAAGUUCUAGUUUGUCUGGCAACACCACCGAUGUUGGGGGAAGAUUUGCUUGGAUGAAUAUGAGAAGGGGAUUAAAUAAUCACACGGAAGGUUUUCGUUCUGAUGCCCUGAAGUUUCAGAAGAGAAAUGCAUCUUCUCUCCCAGAUUUACUUGACCAGGACAGUGAAAAUGUGGCUAAUAAUUCUGACGUUCAAUUACACAAAGGGACUUGUGAAAAUGUUUUAGAAUGUGGUGCCACCACUGUUCCUGCAACACAAUCUUCAAGGAUUUCUAGUGACUCAAAUGAACUGCACUUAGAAAGUAAUUCUAAAUAUGUGCAACCUUGUGUCCAAGAUCCGAUUCCUCAAAAACAAAAAAAUUUGAGUACAAGAAAUGAUCAAUAUCUGCAAAAGCCAAAUAUGUUUUCGUAUAGCUCAAUCGUAGAUGGAGCUUUCAAAAAUCUAGACCGAACGGCAACUUUCCCAGCAGUACCAUAUGAGGCAAAAAGCUUGACAAAAAAGUCUAACCACACAGGUUUUCUGUCAGAUACUUUGAAGUAUAAGAAAAGGAAUGCAUCCUCUCUGUCAGAUUUACUUGACCAGGACAGCGAAAUUAUGGCUAAUAAUUCUGACGUUCCAUUACACAAAGGGACUUGUGAAAAUGUUUUAGAAUGUGGUGCCACCACUGUUCCUGCAACACAAUCUUCUUCAAGGAUUUCUAGUGACUCAAAUGAACUGCACUUAGAAAAUAAUUCUAAAUAUAUGCAACCUUGUGUCCAAGAUCCGAUUCCUCAAAAACUAAAGAAUUUGAGUACAAGAAAUGAUCAAUAUCUGCAAAAGCCAAAUAUGUUUUCGUAUCGCUCAAUCGUAGAUGGAGCUUUCAAAAAUCUAGACCGAACGGCAACUUUCCCAGCAGUACCAUAUGAGGCAGAAAGCUUGACAGAAAAGUAUGACCACAGAGGUUUUCUGUCAGAUACUUUGAAGUAUAAGAAAAGGAAUGCAUCCUCUCUGUCAGAUUUACUUGACCAGGACAGCGAAAUUAUGGCUAAUAAUUCUGACAUUCAAUUACACAAAGGGACUUGUGAAAAUGUUUUAGAAUGUGGUGCCACCACUGUUCCUGCAACACAAUCUUCUUCAAGGAUUUCUAGUGACUCAAAUGAACUGCACUUAGAAAAUAAUUCUAAAUAUAUGCAACCUUGUGUCCAAGAUCCGAUUCCUCAAAAACUAAAAAAUUUGAGUACAAGAAAUGAUCAAUAUCUGCAAAAGCCAAAUAUGUUUUCGUAUCGCUCAAUCGUAGAUGGAGCUUUCAAAAAUCUAGACCGAACGGCAACUUUCCCAGCAGUACCAUAUGAGGCAGAAAGCUUGACAAAAAAGUAUAACCACACAGGUUUUCUGUCAGAUACUCUGACGUAUAAGAAAAGGAAUGCAUCCUCUCUGUCAGAUUUACUUGACCAGGACAGCGAAAUUAUGGCUAAUAAUUCUGACAUUCAAUUACACAAAGGGACUUGUGAAAAUGUUUUAGAAUGUGGGGCCACCACUGUUCCUGCAACACAAUCUUCUUCAAGGAUUUCUAGUGACUCAAAUGAACUGCACUUAGAAAAUAAUUCUAAAUAUAUGCAACCUUGUGUCCAAGAUCCGAUUCCUCAAAAACUAAAGAAUUUGAGUACAAGAAAUGAUCAAUAUCUGCAAAAGCCAAAUAUGUUUUCGUAUCGCUCAAUCGUAGAUGGAGCUUUCAAAAAUCUAGACCGAACGGCAACUUUCCCAGCAGUACCAUAUGAGGCAGAAAGCUUGACAGAAAAGUAUGACCACAGAGGUUUUCUGUCAGAUACUUUGAAGUAUAAGAAAAGGAAUGCAUCCUCUCUGUCAGAUUUACUUGACCAGGACAGCGAAAUUAUGGCUAAUAAUUCUGACAUUCAAUUACACAAAGGGACUUGUGAAAAUGUUUUAGAAUGUGGUGCCACCACUGUUCCUGCAACACAAUUUUCUUCAAGGAUUUCUAGUGACUCAAAUGAACUGCACUUAGAAAAUAAUUCUAAAUAUAUGCAACCUUGUGUCCAAGAUCCGAUUCCUCAAAAACUAAAAAAUUUGAGUGCAAGAGAUGAUCAAUAUCUGCAAAAGCCAAAUAUGUUUUCGUAUCGCUCAAUCGUAGAUGGAGCUUUCAAAAAUCUAGACCGAACGGCAACUUUCCCAGCAGUACCAUAUGAGGCAGAAAGCUUGACAGAAAGGUAUGACCACAGAGGUUUUCUGUCAGAUACUUUGAAGUAUAAGAAAAGGAAUGCAUCCUCUCUGUCAGAUUUACUUGACCAGGACAGCAAAAUUAUGGCUAAUAAUUCUGACAUUCAAUUACACAAAGGGACUUGUGAAAAUGUUUUAGAAUGUGGUGCCACCACUGUUCCUGCAACACAAUCUUCUUCAAGGAUUUCUAGUGACUCAAAUGAACUGCACUUAGAAAAUAAUUCUAAAUAUAUGCAACCUUGUGUCCAAGAUCCGAUUCCUCAAAAACUAAAAAAUUUGAGUACAAGAAAUGAUCAAUAUCUGCAAAAGCCAAAUAUGUUUUCGUAUCGCUCAAUCGUAGAUGGAGCUUUCAAAAAUCUAGACCGAACGGCAACUUUCCCAGCAGUACCAUAUGAGGCAGAAAGCUUGACAAAAAAGUAUAACCACACAGGUUUUCUGUCAGAUACUCUGACGUAUAAGAAAAGGAAUGCAUCCUCUCUGUCAGAUUUACUUGACCAAGAGAGUGACAUUUUUGGUAAUGAUCCUGAAAAUAUAUUACGCAAAAACGGUUGUCGGCACGAUGGGGAUUACCAUACCUCCACUGUUCUCAAAACAAGGUCUUCAAGGAUCCCUGAUGAAAGAAAGGAAAGGUACUUGGAGAGCAGUACAAGAUAUGAACAAUCUGUCCAAGAUACUAAUCGGCAACCAAAAAUUUCAACGUCAAGCACUUGGCAGUCUAUACAAAGGGUGUCUCCAUUUUUCCGUGGUUCCGAUUUAGAUUGUUCAUCGAUACAAACUGAGAAAAGGACAACUGAGUCAGAAGUAGCAUAUCGGGCAGACAAAAUGACAGAAAAUAAUAAAGUUAAGAACUUAUUACAUUUAACAGAGACACCUCAAUUUUCCCAUGUACAUGCAAAGUAUAAGUUGGUUAACUUUAACAGAAGCCAAUACAAUGGAUCCGACUCUAAUAAUAAUAAUACACAAUUAAUUGGGGGAAUACAGACUUCUAACAUUUUAAAUAAAGAUAAGUCAAUAAUUGAAAGGGGAUAUAUUCAUCAAAAACAAGAUCAUCCUGAGAAAGAGCAAGUGAAAUCCUCAAAAUGUGACACCUCUUCCAAACCUAAUCUGUCAUCUGUUUAUCAAAAGGAUGUUGCUUCAUCGCCAAAUCAAAAAAACACUGACCAAAGCAGGCAAGUCGAGCAGGGUUGUGAAUCAGAAGGAAACCUAAACCAAAAUUUGAUUUAUCAGUUGGAUCGAGAAGCAAACAAUAAAGCAGAAUAUACAGACCCACCCAAAAUAAGAGACUCUUCAAGGUUUCCUGUCAGCCAUUCUGCGAAGGAGUGUUCAGAAGAAGACAACUUUAGUAGAGCUACACACCUGCAUAACAUAGAGAGUCAGUCAACAAACUUACUAAAACAGCAUUUAUUUGUGGCACCAGAACCUUUCAAAGGAAAUGUCCGUGUAAGUGUCAUCCCCAAGUCGGAGUGGAAAAAUUCUACAAGUUCUGAAGAUAGCCAGAGCCCAACCCACCAGGAAGGCGAAAACAUUAAGAAUUUUUACUCUGAAUAUAAAGCAUCCAAAGAAGAUUUACAACCUCACAAAACAUACACCUGCCAACAAAUCAUGGAAAAUACUGAAAUUUAUGAGAGUCUUACUGAUAUUUCCUACCCUGAAGUAGAUAAAAUUGAGUAUCGUAAGGUUGUCUCAGUGUAUUACAGCUUUCCUCAUAAAUUUGCAAGGAGGAUCUCUGACCUAUCAAAAAACAACCUUAAAAACAUUGAUAAGACUCUUCAGCAAAGCAGAGCACCUAGUGCGCUUCUAGAUAUUAUCGGUAGGUGUCACAAGGAAGAACCAGAUUUCAAUCUCCUAAGCUCUGAAGAUGUAAAGACUUCCAUUACAGAAGCGGUACAUUCAGUAGAAGAUGUUCCAUCGAAAACACACCAUUCAAAUUUCCACAUCAUUCCUUUACAAACAGACCUCCUGAAAAAUGGCAGCAGAACAAAUUCUGGAGAGGAAAAUGAUGAUUUGGUAAACAAGUUUAGUUCCUUACAUAUUUCUGAAAAUGAAGAUAACCACAAAGCACGUGAAGACCCAAAAAAUAAAAACAAGUACAGUCCUUCAGGAUCCUCCCCUAGAUAUUCUCCAAAUUCAUUUUAUUUUACAUUACCAAAUAGGAAAUCCAGUCUCCAAGAUCUGGAGAGAAAUGUUCUGAAGAGAGACAUUGCCAUGGCACUGGACAGGAUCAACAUAUAUCCAGGAAGUAGAAACAUGGAGCCCUCUCCUCCCGAGUUCCAGGAUGUUUUCGCAUCACCAACAGCCUGCUAUGAUAACUUUAAUUAUUCCCCUAGGUAUGAUUUCAUGCAUUUUCAGGAAAGCAGCAAACAAGAGUGUAACAUUAACAACAUUUUUGCCAGAAAUGGUGGUUUGUACAAGAAAAACUCCAUGGAUGAAGGUAUCAUUUUAAGAGAAGACUUGCCUUCAAUCUAUAAAUCAAAAAGUUACAAAGAUUUAAGUCAACACAAGUCAUACAACACAGAAGACCUCUCGCCACACACGGACUGCAACACCAGCCCACAGACUGAUUAUAAUCAUCCAGCUUUUAGUUCUGUUAUAAAUCAGGCUAGGCCUUCGUACUGUUCUGAGUUUGUCCAAAAGAAAAUGAAGCCAAUAAAUGCAAAGAAGUUCAGCUUCUCUGUUGACCGUUCAAGUCAAGAAAGUGUCAGUCCACGACAUACUGGUUCCUAUGAUGAUACCGUUCAGCUAUUUGAUGGCAAUUCCCCAUCUGUAUUCCACUCCCCGGACAAUAACUAUCCAUCUCAUGCAGAUAAGUAUUUUGGCCAAGAAAAGCCCAAGGAUGGUGGAAAUUCCAAUUUGUAUCGUUCAAAGAGUAUGAAGGUCUUAAAUACUGAAGGCCAACAAAGCUUUGUGGAUUACAAACGAAAAAGUGAUGGUAGUUUUUCUUCGAAAAGCUACGGUGGCACCUUGAAAAGCAAAAGUCCUCCUGGCAAAACCUGGAACAGGACAUCGUCUGUUGAAAUUUUAGAUGAAAAUGAUAAUUGGCCAGUUUCUGAUGAACGCAAAGCUCUUUGCACAACCAAGUCUUUCGAUUAUGGGAUUUUCGGGAAGGAGCAACAAGAGGCUAUUGUAAACAAUGUAAAGCGGUCACUCACUGAGGGCAGGCUAUGGAGGCCAAGUUUUCUAAAGAAUCCAGGCUUUUUGAGAACUGAAGAACUUUGCUCUUCUCAGGAAAUAAAUCCAGUGGCCCAGACUCCUGAGGAGUCUUCAUCACAGUGGCCAAAUGUUAAAGAAUCUCUUAAUAUCUACGAGGAUGUGCAUGUCGUUCCUUCAGAUUCAGAUACUGAGACAACAACGGAAGAUGAAUAUUACUUAGAUGAAUAUUACUUUAAUGACAAGGAGUCUGAACUAUAAACUCUUCCAAAAUGUUAACCAAAACAGUAUUGAUGGCUUCAGUGACCACUGGUCAGCCUUGUGGGCCUUCUUUUAGUAGUUUUAAGUGCAAUAUAAACCCCCUGAGAUCUGGAAUAAUACAUGUAACAAUGCAAAAUAGUAAUGAGCAUCGGUCAGCUCUCUGAUAAAUCUCUGUGUUAAGCCUGAUUCACACCACUGUGCCCGAUCCGGGAAACAUGGCCGUUUAUCAUAAGUCAGUUCCUUUCUGAGCACAAGUCUGUUGUACUGUACCCACAUGAUGAUGUGAGUACAGUACAACAGACCUGUGAUCAGAUAGGAUCUGACUGUAUAAAAUGACUAUAAUGCAGUCACUAUGGGCCACGGUCAUGCGACUGACACCCGAGCAUGGUUGUGUGAGUUAGGCCUUAGUAUAUUUGCAUUCUGCAGCAUCUUUUCUUAGAAGUCUGCGUGUGCCUUUCCUCCAGUAUUCCUCCUGGAAAUGCAUAAAUAAAUUGACAAUUAGGUGUUAUCAUCCCAUUUUCAAUACAGCGUCUUCCUACACAGUAUGACGCUUUCAGUAUGGAUUGGACCAUGACAGACUGUAGGGACAUGCCCCUAGUAACAAGGGGAUUGAUACCACCCAUUUGUCAGGAGAAGUAUCUUCGACUUGGGCCUCAUGCACAUGACCGUUUCCCGGCCGUGGCCUUAUUACGGCCCGCAAACAGCGGGUCCACAAUAUGCAUGCACCGGCUGUGUGCUCCCCGCAUCACGGAUGUGGACCCAUU